GGAAGCUCCGGCUGAUCUGAAGGGUUUUCGCGUGCGACUUGCUUUUAUUGUACUCCGAAUGCAGGGAGGGGGGGCAUUUUAAAUAUAUCCCCGCUCAACACUUUGAGCUUCCCCCAUCACACCGUUUCACAUAAGGGUGUUUUAUAGGGAAUCCGCACAGAAAUAUUUUAACUAUCUAUUUAUUUAUUAUUAUUUUUUAGUUUAUACUUUGCUUUGUUUUUAACACUCCAGGAGGGCAGCAAUGGCGGCCAACAUGUACCGGGUCGGAGAUUAUGUCUUCUUUGAGAAUUCCUCCAGCAACCCUUAUCUCAUUCGACGAAUAGAGGAGCUUAAUAAGACAGCGAGUGGGAACGUGGAAGCGAAGGUAGUCUGCUUCUACAGGCGGAGAGACAUCUCGCACAGCCUCAUACAGCUGGCGGACAAACACGCAAAGGAGCUGGAGGAGGAGAGGGAGAGCCCCAACGAGCCGGAGCUCAGCGAGAAGCAGAAGCACCAGCUGCGCCAUCGAGAACUCUUCCUCUCCCGGCAGUACGAGUCGCUCCCGGCAACGCACAUCAGGGGGAAGUGCAGCGUGGCACUCCUGAACGAGACCGAGGCGGUCCUCUCCUACCUGGAGAAAGAGGAUACCUUCUUCUACUCCCUGGUGUAUGACCCCACACAGAAGACCCUGCUGGCGGACAAGGGGGAGAUUCGAGUGGGACCCCGCUUCCAGGCCGAUGUUCCAGACAUGCUACAGGAAGGCCAGCCAGAUGACAGGGACCAGUCCAAACUUGAGGUGAAGAUGUGGGACCCCGAGUGUCCGCUGACCAACAAGCAGAUCGACCAGUUCCUGGUGGUGGCACGCGCCGUGGGGACAUUCGCCCGGGCCCUGGACUGCAGCAGCUCCGUCAGGCAGCCCAGUUUGCACAUGAGCGCGGCGGCAGCUUCCAGAGACAUCACGCUGUUCCACGCCAUGGACACCCUGCACCGGCAUGGCUACGACCUGUCCAGUGCCAUCAGUGUGCUGGUGCCGCAGGGCGGCCCAGUGCUGUGCCGCGACGAGAUGGAGGAGUGGAGCUCAUCCGAGGCCAACCUGUUCGAGGAGGCGCUGGAGAAGUACGGCAAGGACUUCAACGACAUCCGGCAAGACUUUCUGCCAUGGAAGUCUCUGACCAGCAUCAUCGAGUACUACUACAUGUGGAAGACGACGGACAGAUAUGUGCAGCAGAAGCGACUGAAGGCUGCAGAGGCUGAAAGCAAGCUGAAACAAGUUUACAUCCCCACAUACAACAAGCCCAACCCCAACCAGAUCGGCAUCAGCAACGGCAAGAUGGCUGCAGUGAACGGGGCGUCCGGACCAGCCAGCUAUCAGUUGGCGGGCAGCGGUGCUGGGCGGGCAUGCGAGAGCUGCUUUUCCAUGCAGUCGAGCCAGUGGUACUCAUGGGGACCCCCGAACAUGCAGUGCCGGCUGUGCGUAUCCUGCUGGAUGUAUUGGAAGAAGUACGGGGGCCUCAAGAUGCCCAGCCGGGCAGAGAAGGAGGAGAAGGAGAAGACGUCCCCCAGCCCCUCCCCCAACGAGCCGCGGGUGCGUGGGCACGGCCCCCGCCAGUCCUCCCACCUGGUGCCGGUGCGGAACAGCGGCAGCCCCAAGUCCUCCAUGAAGACCAAGCAGGCCUUCCUGCUGCAGGCCACGCGCCUCACCAAGCUGGCCCGUCACAUGUGCCGUGACCUCAUCAGACUGCGCCAGGCCGCGCGCCGGCCCUUUGUGCCCAUUAACUGUGGCGCCAUUAAGGCGGAGUAUAUGAGCCGAGCGCCAGAGGGGCAGGAGGGCCGUCCAGCUCGGGCACGAACCUCACAGAGGAACACACUUUCCAGUGUCCUGCAGUACCUGGAGUCACGCCCCGUGCCCCCCACCCCUCCGCUGCCCCGCACCCCUGGCCUGCAGCUCCAGCCCCCCCGACGCCUGCUGUCCUCAUUGCCCAGCCACGGACCGCUCAGCAUGCUGGGAAAACGCAGCUACCAGCACCACAGCAGAACAGCGGCCACAGAGAGACGAGGAGCCGCGGCCGGGCAAGAUAAUACAAGCCACCCUAUGGGACUGACCUUGCACAAUGGGCAGAACAGUGGAGACACCCUCCGAAACAGCAGCACCAUGCUCCGCAAACGACGCCCCAACUGCAUCGAUGCCCCCAAUGACAGCUUCUUCCUCGUCUCCCGGGAGACCAGGAGGGUGCGGAGGCUCCUCUCUCGAACACAGCUCCGGAGGGCCUGCAGGCAGCCAUGCGAGCAGAUCGGGGUGCGGCGGGCCCUCCAGAUGCCCCCCCACGGCUCCCUCCCGGCUCCCCUCCACCCCAGCCUGAGGACCCGCGGCCCCAUCGUCAUCCACGACUGACGCCCCCCCGCCCACCAUGCGCUGUGCACCUUUGGCUCAUUCACCCCCUGCCCCACACGACUUCCCUGUUAACUCCUCCCCUUG